AUGUGCCAGGCAGCGAGCAGCUCCCCGCCCGCUGACGAUUUCCUGAACAGCGACAGCCGUGCAUCGAGCCCGCUCUCUUCGAGUGCAGUCACCGACGACAAUCCUCCGGCGCACGGCUCCGGUGGAGGGACGGCCAGCUGCGGCGGCAAUUCUGGCGGCGACAGCGACGCCAAGAAAGGCAAGAACAACCGGCGGAAGAAAAAAACGCGCACAGUCUUUACUCGCAGCCAAGUGUUCCAGCUUGAGUCCACUUUCGACAUGAAACGUUACCUAUCCAGCUCGGAACGGGCCGGCCUAGCCGCUUCCUUGCACUUGACUGAGACACAAGUGAAAAUCUGGUUCCAAAACCGACGUAACAAGUGGAAACGGCAACUAGCAGCUGAGCUGGAAGCUGCUAACAUGGCCCACGCUCAGCGAAUGGUGAGGGUUCCAAUCCUUUACCAUGACACUGGUUCCUCGUCAGUGACGGCCACCGAAAACUCAUCACUCAGCGUUGCGACAUAUCCGUCACUAUACUAUCACCACGCCUCCUUUGCCAACAGCCAGAGUGGGGGACGGGCCCCUCUCUCCAGUUUGGUGUGAUGACAACACUUUUCAUCGGAACUACUCCUUCUCUUCGUUAUCUUCCGUCAAAAGAUAACUUUG